CUGUCGCAUUCCGUUUUAUUUUUUUUCAGGCAUUAUCAAAAGUUUAUUUGCUUUAUUCUCUUUUUCGUGAGAUGUAAAUAAAUCAAUUUAGAAAUCUUUUGCUAAACGUCGGAAUCUGAUUUUUAGUCGCAUUGAAGGGAAUAAACGUAAACGUAAAGAUGCCAGGACGAGAAAUUAAUUAUCGGCCCCCAAUGACGGAUUCCGAGGACUCAGAUGAUUACGAUGGGUUUUAUUUUGAUAACAUGGUGUCCAAAAAGGAACGUACAAUAUCCACUUGGCAACAACAACAAAACAUAAAUGCAGCUUUACUUAUUGCUAUUACAAGUGGUGACAUCGAGAAAUUUAUGCAACAAGUUCGGGAAUCGAGCAUAUCCAUAAAUGAAUCAAUAAACGGAGGUUUUACACCACUUAUGACUGCUUGUCGAGAGGGGCAACUAUCUAUCGUAAAAUGCUUGCUAGAAGAUUUUAAAGCUGAUGCCAAUAAACAGGUGGACUCGUUCACACCUCUUAUGCUCGCUUGUGAGUGCAUAAAUACAGAUUCACACAGAAUUGAAAGAUUAAUAGAGCUUUUGCUUAAACAUGGUGCUGUGAUAAAUGUUUCUGACAAAUACGGAAAUACGCCUUUUAUGCGGGCCUGUAAAAAUGGAUAUACAGGUGUAGUAAGACGAAUGCUGAAAGAUGUGUCCUUCGAUGCGGUUGAUAAUCAAGGCUGUACUCCCAUAUUUCACGCAAUUGAAAAUAAUCGAGCAGAUAUUGUAAAACUCCUUGUGGAUGCUGGUGUCAAUGCAACUAUUGCCAACAGAAAAGGCUAUACACCGGUUCAAGUGGCGCAAUUUCAUGGAUUUUAUGAUUUACUAGAAUACCUCCCGAAGGAAAAGGAUACUUAUGUUGUGCCACCACAAUUUCUUGGUUACAAUACUUUGCGUGAUUACAUACCAAGAAUUUUCUUGAAAUCCGAUUGUCCGGAAUACUUCCAGGAAAUUAAUGUAAUACUUUCUUCAUUGAAUAUGGGUAAAUUUUUAGAAUAUUUUGCAAAAGAGAGGAUUUCGCUAUUAGAAUUUCUAUCUAUGAAUGACGACGAAUUGAAAGACGUUGGAAUUAAAUAUCCAAUUUUUCGUAUGAAAAUAAUGAAGGGUCUUCUUGAUUUUCAUUUACAUCAUUGGUCGAAAAAGUCCAUUGCGAGAGUGAGCAGAUCCUCUAAAGAAAAUUUCUAUGAAAUAUUAAUGGUUACCGCAAACCAUUUACAACAUUUGGUUAUAUUAACCGCUACUCUUCGUUUCAUAAAACAUAAUAUUAAAUCGGGAAUGUUUGGAGUUGUUCCCCAAGAACAGUUGCAAGCAAUGCAACGCAACUUGGAUGCCUACCGAGCAACGAUAAGAGAACUGCACAAAACUACUAAAUACCUGUCAACGUUUAGUCCUCCGAAAAAUCCUUUAUACAUUGACUACGAUGAGUACCUGGCUGAUCGCAAGCGACUAAAACUCAAGUCGUACUUCAAAUAUACUACAAUUUUUGUUGGCAUAUCGGUAUUCAUAUGCCUCAAAGUUCGAAAGCUUUACUUUUGUUAAUAAAUAUACAAAAUUAUGUACAAAAAUACUUAUAGUUUCACACAUUUUUAAAAUGGCAUAUUUGAUAUUUAAAGCUGAACUUGUGUACACUGAGAUAUGAUUGAAUUUUAAUUUGAGAUUUUUUUUCUUGAAA